AUGGAUGACAUUUAUAAGAUCGCUUCCACAGAAAGGGUCCAGCUGCUGGAGAAAGAACUGGCCAUGCAACUGAGUGAACUGAAGACGGAGUUAGACACUCAGGGGACCCUCCAGGAGACCACUCAGGCAUUUCACAGCUCAGUUCGAAUGCCAAAGGACAUUACUUACUUCAGAAGAGAAAGAGAACUGGCACUCAAGAAAGCUUUACAGGUUGCAGAGUCAAAGCCCCUUGUCAUUCAAGCAGAUUCCCUGCAGAGGGAGCUCGAGAGCUGCUUAAGAAGAGAGUACACGCCUGAAAAUCUACCUUUGCUUCUGUUGCAGAAACAAAUUGCCUAUAUUGUGCGGGAAUACAAUGAUGCCCUUCAGAGAGCUGAAAGAUUGUCUGUCGCUCGAGAAAACUUCCUUAUGGGGAAAAGCAACCCUCUGAACUUAGUGACACAGCAAGACCUGACUAUUUAUACAAAAUGGUUAGUGUGUCACCUGCAUUCACUCAAGACUAUUCACCAUUAUCUGCAGGCCCUCCAAUUCUUACCUAUGUCCCAGACUCUGAGUGUCAUUGUUGACAAAGUGUCUGCGGAAGGUCAGGAAAAGGAGCAAGUCAGUCACAUGGACUCCAGCACCCAGGGUCCUGCAGCUGCCGGUCCUACCGAUGACAGCAUUUCAGAGUGUUCCAUAAGAACAGAUGCUACUUUUGUCCUGCCACAACACACAACAGAAACAGAAGAUCUGAAACCUCCGCUGAAACUCCUGCUCUGCCAUUUCCAUAUUCCUUACGAUGUGGAGGAGCUCAGGGACUCCGCUAAGGAAAUGGAACUUUUCUCCUUGGUACUUUGUUGA